GUAGUGCACACGUCUCACUAUCAAGUGGAUCCAUCAGAGAAAAACAAGUCCGUGGAAGUCUUCUUGUGCCACCGACUCUAACGUGGAAGUUGAUCCCACUAAAAUAACUCACCGGGCGGACGCGGGCCAGCCAGCCGCCAUGGCGCGCGAUGCAGCCGGCGGCGGACACCUCCACGAAUCGGUCCUCCUCCUCCUCCCCUUCGCGGUUCUGCUCCAGCGGACGGGAGCCGCUGAAUCCGCCUUGGCACUGAGUUAAAAGCAAAAAAAAAGAAGAAAAAAAAGGCAAAGAAAAAAAGAAAGUAAGGAUUAUAAAGGCAAAUAUGCUGCGGCGAGGGUCGAUCGGAAGCUGCGGGCACCAGCGGCACCAGACGGACCUUCAUUCCGCAUGAUCCUGCCCGGGGGAAGGAGACCGAGAGGCGGGCGAAAAGUUGGACGCAGUCGCGGCUUGGAGGACGGAUAAGGACUCGGCAAAGGUCUCUGGUUCCAAAUGCCACCCUCCUUGGACUCUGCCCCAGUGGGGGAACGGCAGCGGUGUGUGACGGACAGGCGAGCAGAGCCUGCGGCGGCUUCAGACCGGCCCCGGAGCAACCAGUGAAGAAGCCCUGCCUUGGUCUGACGUCCCGUCACGGAUGGAGUUGCUCAAAGGACUGGCCAGUGAGACCACUGAUCUUCAUUCGAGGACUACAGGAUUACAUCCGCAUUUUCCCCGUCGUUUCAAAGUAACCGACAUUACCGAACGCUCCCUGGUGGACUUUUUUUUUUAAGUUUGGUAUUUGGUGGUUUUAGCCAUCAUUGCCAAUUUGAUUCACUCGGUCACAGUUCUUUUUUUUAUUGUUGGGUUUCCCGGUUUCCGCUUUUUUUUUGUUCCACUAUGGAGUUUCUGGCCGGACCCUGGAAUAAGGAUUGGACUUCAUUCUUGCAGUUUUGGUUGACUGUGAUCUUAAGCCUUCAAACGCAAUUCAGCCCAGUUGCCUCGUGUCCGGACGAGUGUCGUUGUGACAAGUUAUUUGUGUACUGCAAUGAACGCAGCCUGACAUCAGUGCCUCUGGGGGUACAGGAGGGCUACACUGUGCUCUACCUGCACAACAACCAGAUCAACAAUGCUGGCUUCCCCCUCGAACUUCACAAUCUGGCUUCCGUGGAGACUGUGUAUCUCUAUGGCAACCAGCUGGAUGAGUUUCCUAUCAAUCUGCCCAAAAACACCAGAGUACUGCAUCUCCAGGAGAACAAUAUUCAAACAAUCUCCAGGGCAGCGCUAGCACAGCUGACUCGUUUAGAGGAGUUGCACCUUGAUGAUAACUCCAUCUCCACAGUGGGGGUGGAAGAAGGGGCCUUUAGGGAGGCACUGAGCCUCAAACUCCUCUUCCUCACCAAGAACCACUUAAGCAGUGUUCCCAUCGGCCUCCCAGAGGACCUUAAGGAGCUGCGAUUGGACGAGAAUAGAAUCGCCGUCAUCGCAGAGGAGGCCUUCCAGAAUGUGACCCGUCUGCAGCGCCUCCUGCUGGACGGGAACCUGCUGACGGACGAGGGCAUCGCACCAGGGACAUUCCAGGGGCUGGCCAGCCUCCGUGAGCUGGCGCUGGCCCGCAACUCCCUCACCUUCCCCCCUCCCCUUUUACCGAGUCAGUCGCUGGUCAAGCUGAGCCUGCAGGAGAACCAGAUCGACCAGAUCCCAGUGGCGGCUUUUGCCGACCUCAACAGGCUGGAGAGGUUGGACAUUUCCAGCAACCAACUUCAGACGCUGACGCAGGGUGUGUUUGACGGCCUGUCCAGCUUGAGGCAUCUCAUGGUGCGGAAUAACCCGUGGCGCUGCGACUGCGCGGUGAAAUGGGUGGUGGUGUGGCUCAAGUCGUUGCCUUCCGCCAUAAACGCCAGAGGGUUUGUGUGUCAGAGUCCGGACAGGGUGCGCGGCAUGGCGAUCCGAGAGCUCACGUUGGAUAUCAUCGACUGCUCGGUCGACGCCGAGCAACCGUCGUGGCCUACCAUUCGCUCCACGCCUCCUCCGCCGCCCACCACCACCCCUCUCACCACCAUGAUCUCCACUCUUUCAACCACAUCCAUUCCGGACUACUUAGACUCACCUUCCCCACCCUUACCCCCGAUCUAUAACAAUCCUCCCGGGCCCCUUCCUCCUUACGAGGACCCCCUUCAAAUCUCCUUCCAUGUGGUCAACUCCACCAGCAUCGACGUAAGCUGGGCUUCCUAUUUCACCGUCACAGCCUACAAAGUCACCUGGGUCAAAAGGGGCCAAAGCCAAAUAAAUGAAGGGAUGCAGGAGCGGACAGUGAGCGGCGUCCAACGGCACACCAGCAUCGCCGAUCUGGAACCCCGGUCCGUGUACCGGAUUUGUGUGCACGUUCUGGACACCCAUAACUCCUACAGACCUGGAGAGGAUACAAUAUGCUCUGAGGCCAGGACCAAGGCAGCCUCUCCGACUAAGUCUCCCGGUUCGGGGCAAGCGCCAAAGGAGAGCGUUAACUCCACGUUGUUAAUGGCCGGCAUCAUCGGCGGGGCGGUGCUGGUCAUCUUGGUCACGCUCCUCAGCCUGUUUUGCUGGCACAUGCACAGGAAGAGCCGGUCGGCUUCGGCAAAGUGGAAAUACAACCGCGGCCGCAGAAAAGACGACUACUGCGAGGCCGGGACCAAGAAGGAUAACUCCAUUCUCGAGAUGACUGAAACCAGCUUCCAGAUAGUGGCGCUGAACAACGAGCAGCUGCUCAAGGGCGAUUUCCGCAUCCAGCCCAUCUACACGCCCAACGGGGGGAUCGGAUUUAGAGACUGUCACCUCAGUAACAACAGCUUGGCCUACUGCAAGAGCAGCAACGUGCCCAGUACCGAGUUUUGCCACACGUGACGAUGCGGCACUCCCACAAACUGGAGAUGACAAAUACAAACAAUACACACGCUGUUUGUGUAGACUACAACAGAAACGCUUACAAAAUCAUAGUAAAAUAUUAACUGUACUAUAUAUAUAUAUAUAUAUAUAUAUAUAUAUACAUAUAUAUAUUUCCAAGUUCUGUCAAUGAUGUAAUUUAUACUGUGGAUAAUAAUGUGGGGAUCUCUGCUAUCUUUUUUAUUCAUAGGAAAAACGAGAUCCAAGUGUUUUGGCCUUUUUUUUUUCUUAAAAACAGCAGGGUUUCGAAAGUUGUUUUAAUGGUCAGUAUCGUACAUAAACACACGAUUUGUACAAUCACGGCACCUCCGGGGGUGUGUAGCUUCUGACAAACGCCGUCAGCCUCGGAACACUUUGCUAACCACAGAAGCAAAAAAAAAAUUUAAAAAAAAUAAAUAAAUUGGGGUUUAAUUUUUAGACAUUAUUACAUCACAAUACACAAAACAGCUGAUGACAGCACUUUGGAAAGAGCACGGCUGGUGGAAUGUUGGAUAAAACUGCACUAUUUAGAAAAAACAAAUAUCCAUGUUAGCAAUACUUGUAACGAUAUAAAAAAACGUGACCAAAAUGAUCACGGUCAUUAUUAUUAUCCCGUUGAAUGUCCUCAUAAAGUACACACACUAACAAUCUUUAUCUUUUAACCUUUUUUAAUUUGUAAAGUUUUUCCACGUAUUUUUAACAAUAAGAGGUAGAAUUCGGAUUCACAAUCGAUUCUCUGUUUAACAGAAUUCUUAUUUAUAAGUGGGGGUGCUGAAAAACCCCCAAAAUGAUGCGCAUUCACGAUCCAAUCCAAAUUGUGAUUAUUAUUUGUACCGAUUCUGAAUCGAUUCAGAAUUGUCGAAUACUAUCCAUUUUUGACAAUACGUUAAACAUCAGCAGCUUUUGUAUACUGUAACCUGUUUGGCAAAAUAUUUCAUUAUAAUUUAUACACCAAAUAAUAUAUUGUGAGAAUCGUGUUGAAUCGAGAAUCGAUUCUGGAUCGAAUAAUCACUUUAUGAAUCGUAACAGAAUGAGAUGUUGUAGAAAUCACGUCCCUAAUUAUGUGGUAUAAAAAAAAUAAAAUAGGGGUCCUAAUUUCUGGGUACCGAACGAUUCAAUCUGAUUCCGAAUCCUGGGGUGAUGAUUCGAUUCAGAAUCGAUAAUCGAAUCAACACGAUUUUCGAUUUAAACCGAUUUUUGCAAUGUAUUAUUAGGUUAGAAAAGUUCCUUCUGGUUGCAUGAAAAUGGUCUAAAACAUAUUUAAAAAAAUAAAUUAUUAAUAAAAAAAAUGUUUUAAAUGUUUUUAAAUAGAUUUUCAAAAUUAUUAAUCAAUUUAAAAUCGGGAUGAAUAAGAAUCGCGAUUUGGGUGUGAAGAGAUUUUUUAUUUUGUUCACCCCUAUAAAUUACAGUAAAUCUUUUGAAAAGCGCUUCUUGGCUGCUAAUGUGUGAAAUAUAAGCACAGAGGGCCAAAAAAAAUAUUUUUUUUUAAAAAUCCAUUUAAAAAAAAUUGGAAUCAGUUUAGAAUUGAUGUGAAUAAAAUCACAAUGUGAAUCGACUUUUUACAGCACCCCUAACGUCUGGUUUAUGCGACACCUCCGUGUCAUAUUCCUGCGAGUAUUCAAGUUUAUUGGGGUAUGUCAUUAAUUAACAGGGAAAGACGUUAGCAUGUUAGCAUUUUAGCUUGCUUCCCCAGUAAAUGAGUUGCAUCACCGGUCGGUGAGUUUACAAAGUGCGGGUAUCAAUCACGGUUUCACUAUCACUUUCAUUUAAAAUGGUAAUGCUGUCCGUCUAGAGUUUUACCACGGUUUGUCAUUAACGUCGUUAUGAGGAAUCAUGGAAGGGGAAUCCCAAAAGUGCCUUCGACUCUAAUAUCGUCCUUGCUCUGGUUGUCUACGGCCGAGCAAAGGCGAGAUUUAUUUAAGGGACAUGUUUUGGAAAAACCACAUCAGUCCAGUCAUAAAGUUAUAACAUUAUUUAAAAUCCAUUAUCAAACAGAAGAGCAAUCCAUGUGACCGUUGUUUUAACAAAAAGCAUGUGACCGAUACAGCUGCUGCGGCGAUUGACCGCGUUUGUCAGGAAGCGCUUCUGACAUUUUGUACGGAAAAUAAGUCGGUUUUUGUUGCCAUCAUAAGGAGCCCCUAAAGGGUUAUGGGGGAAUUUUUUAUUUUUAUUUUGUUAUUUUUUUUUUUUUU